GAUUUUGCGAGGAAUCAAUGGAUGAUCAAUGGAGCAACCAUUUCUACAUUCGCCAUGUCCCGCCCCAGUGCCUCGCAGUCUCAAAACGUCAACAACUUCCUCGGGGAACGCUCCAGCACGCGCCUCGCUAAGCCUCCCGGCGGCGGCUCCACCAUGGGAUCCCUCAUCUAUGGCGGGGAUGACAGCGGCGCCGCGUCGUUUGGUGAUGACCGCAAAGGUCGUCGAGGCAUGGGCUCUCGUCCCGAACAGAGCUCUGGCAGCCAAGUGUUUCAUCAAGAAGCAGGUGCCAUCGUCAAGGCCGGCAACAACAACAACACAUCGAAAGACGCAGAGAAGUACCAGUUGCAACAACUGCAGUACCAGCAGCAGCAGCAGGACCGCCGCAUGACCGUGAGCAACCAAGGCUCGAGCGAUAUCUUUCUGCGCAAUGCCCCAAAUGCUAUCGCCGGCGACCGACGCACGAAACGCAUGUAUGGCGGUGGCCAGUCCGACUUUAAACUCUCGUAAUGCUAUCACGAUUUAUACCAUA